UCUCUCGCCUCGCACAUCUGAUGGAUGAAGCGAUUUUUAAAUGCAUUAUUUCAUGUUGUUCUGUAUGUACCUUGCAAUAUCCUCUUGGUUGGAAUUCCCUGAGAGAGCUUUAGGCUUACUUCUUCUUUUGUACUCUCAGGCAGAGGUAAAAACUUCAGCUCAGUGCAGUCAGGCUUGUGACCGGUAUGUGUUGGUAUGUAACAUACAGUUACAUGCCUUGCUUCAUGGACAUCAACAUACAUACGAGAUAUGCAUGUGACAUUCAUUUUCCGGCUAAUUUUCUGGUGAGGCCCAUAAACACAGAACAAUACUGGAGCUUCUUCGACACUGUGAGAAAGAGCACAAGGAAAAUCUUGGUGUACAACUUGUUUCUUU